UUAAUUCUGCCAAACAAAUUUCAUUCAAAACCUUCUUAGCAUACCUCUCCUCUUCCUUCCAUGGAUAACUCUGUAGCUCCAAUGGUGAUUACUGAUGAUGGUCUUCAAGAGACCGCCAUCUCCUCCAAGACAAAUCCCUCCAAAGGUCGAUGGAGAGCUGCCAUUUUCAUCAUCUUUGUUGAAAUGGCGGAGAGGUUUGCUUACUACGGGGUGGCCGGAAACCUCUUCACCUACCUCACCAAUGUCCUCGGUGAGCACACCGCCACCGCCGCCAAAAAUGUAAACACCUGGGUCGGCGUCUCCGCCAUCUUCCCGUUGCUCGGAGGCUUUAUCGCUGAUUCCUACCUUGGUCGCUUCAAGACCAUUAUAGCAUCCUCUGUUAUUUACCUCGCCGGACUACUCUUGAUGACUUUGUCGGUAUCAGUGCAAUCACUCCGACAUCACCGCGCAGUGUUUUUCACGGCGCUGUACAUACUAUCCAUAGGAGAAGGAGGGCACAAACCAUGCGUGCAGACCUUUGCAGCCGACCAAUUCGAUGAAGACACCGUGGAGGAGAAGAAGGACAAGAGCUCCUUCUUCAAUUGGUGGUACGUGGGGAUAGUGGUCGGCUCCACCACCGCCAUCCUCGUGGUGAUUUAUGUGCAGGACAAUGUGGGGUGGGGGCUCGGCUUUGGAAUGCUGGCGGCGGCCGUAGCAGCCGCUCUGCUAUUAUUCCUAAUUGGAAUUAGAAGUUACCGGCGCCAGCGCCCAGUGGGCAGCCCUCUGACUAGGGUGAUGCAAGUGUUGGUGGCCACCGCCAGGAAGCUGCGCGUGAACGAGACGCGCUAUGGUCGAGGUGUUUGUUUGGAGGAUGAGGGCGAUGGUGGGGUGGAGGAGGGUGGCAGGCGAGGCAGGAGUUUGGCUCCUACAAAUCAAUUCAGAUUUUUGGAUAAGGCAACCAUCAUUGACGAUAUUGAUGCCUCAACCAAGGUGAGAAACCAUUGGAGGCUAUGCCCAGCGACCCAAGUGGAGGAAGUGAAGCUUCUCUUCAGCCUGUUUCCUAUUUGGUUGAGUUGCUUGACAUUUGCCACUGUGAUAGCACAAAUGAGCACCUACUUCACCAAGCAAGGCAGCACUCUGGAGAGAUCAAUUGGCUCCCACUUCUCCAUACCCCCAGCUUCACUUCAAGUCUGCACUGGCCUCACUAUCCUUGUUUCCGUCGGACUAUAUGAUCGGGUCCUUGUCCCGGUUGCUAGAAAAUUCACUGGACUCCCCUCUGGUAUAACAAUGCUCCAGAGGAUAGGCACUGGAAUAUUCUUUUCCAUGCUUACCAUGGUUGUAGCAGCUCUUGUAGAGACCAAAAGGAUCAGCGUUGCCAUAGACCAUGGCCUCACGGAUUCUCCCAGAACAACUCUCCCCAUGAAAAUAUGGUGGUUGCUCCCACAAUACAUGCUGACUGGAAUGUGUGAUGUGUUCACCAUUGUUGGGAUGCAGGAGCUUUUCUACGACCAAAUGCCUGAAGAGAUGAGAAGCAUUGGAGCUGCCUUGUACAUCAGCACAGUGGGCGUGGGGAGCCUCAUGAGCAGUGCAGCUAUAUCAAUUGUGCAGGCUAUAACAUCAAGAGCUGGAGGCAAAUGGCUGGGAGAUAAUCUGAAUCGUGCCCACCUCAAUUACUUCUACUCGGUGUUGGCAGGAUGUAGUGCUUUGAAUUUGAUUGUUUACAUCUGGGUUGCUAAGCGCUUUGUGUACAAAAAAACUGGAUGUGAUGAUCCGAAAGGAGAACAGAAAAAGGCAGCAGAGCCUGCAUAGGUACUUUGAUCAUGAGAAGAGAUUGACUAAAAUGGAGGUUUAUGCUUGAGAAGUCUUUGCAGAUGUAGAAGUAAUAAUUUGAGUCUCACGUUCUCAUUCUGUAUGUGAAUAUAUAAUAUCACUCAAUUCAUGGGGACUUGAGUCAUACCCUUAAUGCAAUCAUGUAUUCCUGUUGGUGAUCCAAUCAAAAUCUUGAUCAGGUUAGAAAAUAUUAUGUGGACUUGGAUACAUGGGCCAGGACUAUCAAA